AUGUCUUUCGAUAUUCCUUUUCCUUCUUUCUUUUUUUCUUCCCAAUUAUAUUUUUUUCUGCAGCCCUUCUCUCCUUCUUUCUUGCUUCUUCAUUUGGUUAUUUCCAUUUUACUCUCAAAUAUUUAUUCCUUCCUUCUUUUGUUGCUAAUUUCUACGAUCUUUCUUUCUUUCUUUCUUUCUUUCUUUCUUUCUUUCUUUCUUAACUAUUUCUUUCUUAUUGCUUCCUUAUUUCCGCUCAUCUUUCUCUCUUUCGUCUCUUUCUUCUUUCAUUCAUUUAGUCAUUCUUUCUUUCCUUUGUCUUUUCAAUAUGUUAUUUCAACCUUCCAUGAUAGAUUUCUUUCUUUUUUUCAUUCUUAUAUUCUUCUUUCCUUCCAUUUUGUAUUUGUUCAUUAUUUCGUAUCGGCCUUUCUUUUUUUAUUUUCUUUUUCUACUUUCCUUCCUUUAUUUUUCUGUUCUUCAUUAAUUUCUUCUUUCAUUAUUUCCUUACUCCACUACAUCUUUUCUCCCUUCUUUUUAUCAUACCUCCCUCCUGCUAUUCAUCUUCAUUUCUCUCAUCUUUUAUCCCAACCUUCACACAGUCUGUCCUCCUUUCCUUCGCAUUUUUCUUUCUUUUCUUUCUUUCUUUCUUUCUUUCUUUCUUUCUUUCUUUCUUUCUUUCUUUCUUUCUUUCUUUCCACCCAUAUUUUCUCCAUUCAUUCUCUCUUUCCUUCUUUCUACUUCUCAUCCCUUUAUCCUUCUAUCCUUUCAUCCUCUCUUCCUCCCAGUUUUCCUUCGUUCUUUGCUUUGCCCAUUCUUUCUUUCCUCCCAUUUUCUUCCUUACGCUUUUCUUUCCUCUUUUUCUCGCUUUUUGUCCUUCCUUCUCUUUUUCUUUCUCCCCUUUUUUUCCUUAUAUUCUUCAUCCUUUACUUUGCCUAA